AUGAAGAAAAUAAUUAUUUUAUUUUCGAUUUUUUUGAUCAUAAAUAUUUCUACAACAACAUCGGAUCCCUUAGAAGAUUUGCUUGGAGGUUUACUUGGUGGUAUACUUGGAGGAGUACUUGGAACACUUAAAAAUCUCCUUAGAAACUUACUCGGAUCAACCUUACCUUUAAGUGAAGAAGACCUUCAAGAUCUGGCAGAAAAAUUAAAGGAACUAUCAAGAUCAGGGUAUACAAUAUCUUCUGAAGAAUUGCUAAAGCGUGCAAAAGAAAUAGCUGAAAUUAACAGACUAACUGGAGGAGAAUGGACAGCUCAUUUUAAUUUAGAAAGUUUGCUGCCACUGGAAGUUCAAAAGAGACUUUAUGGAUCAUUGACUACUAAAGCGAAUAAAGGGAAUGAUGAUGAAGAUGGAGCGGAUAAAGAUGGGCCUCCAAGAGAAAAAAGGCAAGCAAGAAGAUCUAAACGGGCAGCAUCAUGCACCUAUAAUAUCGAAUUCGAUGCUCGUGAUAGAUGGCCAAGUUGCAAACCUAUCAUUAACUAUGUUCAAACUCAGGGCCAUUGUGGCAGUUGUUGGGCUCAUUCAGCAGCUUCUUGUUAUACUGAUCGUUAUUGUAUUAACGAAGCAAAAAAUCUUCGGAGCACCCCAUUCAAUGCUAGCUAUAUAUUUUCGGCAUAUGAAAUACUCUCUUGUUCAAAAGAAAAUGGGUGUAAAGGAGGCUCGGAAGAAGAAGCAUAUGGAUGGAUUAAAAAAAAUGGAAUAUGUACAGGAACUGACUACCAACGUCAGGACGGUUGCAAGCCAUAUCCUUUUAAUCCAGGAACCAACAAUCCACAACUGACAGGUUGCUCACAAACUUGCACUAACUCAAAAUGGAAAAUACCUUAUGAUACUGAUAGAAAACAUUAUGGCACGUUAAAAUUAUUGAGAAAAUUAACUUAA